CUAUUGUAUUGAUCAAACAGGAAUUUUGAAGGUAACUAAGCCAAUGAGCCGCGCAAACACGGACUUGUAAAGAGACUGCAUUUGUUGCACCGUACAAAUGCGCCAUAUUUGAAGAAUUUCGCGAUUUAGUAGUAAAUAUCUUCAAGAUAAUUAAUCAAGUCUUUUUAAGAUGCUUUUUUUUCAAAUGGCAUGACGCAGAAUACGUCUGAAAUGAAAUGGGUAGGUCAAUUAAAAUUCUCAUUUAAAAAAAAGCUUGACAGCUUGGUAACCAUUCACCUUUAUUAUUUAGCUUUUUUUUGAAAAUGAUAGGGUGAAGAAGGUCGUGCAGGUUUUGAGGGUGAAUAUAUAGCUAUUGACUGUCUUGGUCACUAUGAAACAUUACAGCACAAAGCAUCGUUCUUUCCAGCGAGCGUGGCUUCUAGAAAUUUCGCAGGAGUUGCAGUGGCUUGUUCUCCGGUCACUCACUGUUGUGAAAUUCCACGCAGAAUUAAUCCACACAUUUCCUAACACGACAUGAGUGUCAAUAACCAGUGUAAUAGGGCUUUGAUUUUAUUUUUGAAGCAGGUUAGAUUUAGUCACCCGUCCUUAAAAGGUUAAAAUCUCUCCUCCUGUACUACUUGCUGUAUUGCAUUUUUAAGUUAUCUGUUGAAAGUUGUUGUCGUGAAAAAAAAAGUCUUUGCCACUGAUUAUUAAAGCACGUUUGUACUUGGCUGCAAGUGGAAAUUUUCCUCCUUGCCCACCCCAAGUCCCUUUCAUUUUUUUCUUGGCCAACCAGAGAAUCCUUAAGGAGAUUAUCUCAGUCUGGCUGGAUGUUGUUAGAUUUUAAGGGAUCUGAUGGUUCAUUCAAAAAUGAAAAUUGUCAUCAUUUACUCCCCAAUUUUGAUGCUCUUUCUUGGAGAUGUUAGGUAGAAUAUUUGUGACUGACUUGUGUUGUUUUCUAUACUUUAAACUCAAUGGAGAUCAAGACUGUCAUUCUGCCUAACAUCUCUUUUUGUGUUCCACUUAAGAAAGAAGGUCGUAUGGAGUUGGGAAUGAUAUGAGGAAUGUUAACUCUUGCCAUUUCUAGACCAGAAGCCAGAGACAUCCUCCCCAAAAUAACUCUUGUGCUUCAUGAGAGCACCGCUGGAUAACCAAUCAAAUCAAAUCAAAACCAAACACAAACCAAAUGGAAAUUCAUCUGACAGACGGCGGAUGCUUCCAUUUCCUUCUAUAAAGACAGCAAACCAAAGGAAUAAGAGAUUUUGUGUGCUUUUGCUUGCAUCUUUACCCAAAUAAACCAGUUUUUUUGCAGACAAUUGCAUUUUGAACUGUGAUAGUGGCUUAAACAUGUUAAAAACGGGACCAGCGAUGGAGGCGGCGGAUAUUGCAGUUGUUGCACUUUAUUUUGUGCUCGUGCUUGUAAUUGGUCUGCUCGCCAUGUGGAAGGCCAAUCAUAGCACUGUCAGUGGCUACUUCCUGGCAGGUCGAACUAUGAAUUGGGUGGUGAUCGGUGCCUCACUGUUUGUCAGCAACAUCGGCAGCGAGCAUUUCAUUGGACUUGCUGGUUCUGGUGCAGCCAGUGGUUUUGCAGUAGGCGCCUGGGAGUUCAAUGCGCUCCUGCUUCUGCAGCUGCUUGGUUGGGUGUUCAUCCCAGUCUACAUCUACUCUGGAGUUUACACCAUGCCAGAGUACCUCUCCAAGCGCUAUGGGGGCAAGCGGCUAAAGAUUUACUUUGCAGCCCUCUCACUUCUGGUCUACAUCUUUACUAAACUCUCAGUGGACUUGUACGCAGGAGCUCUUUUCAUCCAGGAGUCUCUUGGCUGGAACCUCUAUCUUUCGAUCAUCUUGCUUAUCUCUAUGACUGCCUUGCUGACAGUGACUGGUGGCCUGGCUGCUGUGAUCUACACGGACACUCUACAGGCCGUGCUCAUGGUUGGCGGUGCGUUAACCCUCACCAUCAUCAGCCUGGUCAAGGUCGGCGGUUUGGAAGGGGUGCGGGAAAAAUACAUGGAGGCAGUCCCCAAUGUCACAGCCAUCCUGGCUAACAGCAACUUCAGCUUCCAGUACACAAACUCCUGCCGAAUCCAUCCCAAGCCAGAUUCCCUCAAGCUCCUACGAGGGCCGCUUGAUGAGGACAUCCCUUGGCCAGGCUUCAUUUUGGGUCAAACGCCCUCAUCCAUUUGGUACUGGUGUGCUGACCAGGUCAUCGUCCAGAGAGUGUUAGCCGCCAAGAACAUCGCCCAUGCCAAAGGCUCCACGCUUAUGGCAGGAAUGCUGAAGAUCCUUCCAAUGUUCAUCAUCGUUAUUCCAGGGAUGAUCUCACGAAUAUUGUUCCCCGAUGAGCUGGCAUGCAUCGGACCAGAGCACUGCAUGGCUGUGUGCGGCAGUCAGGCUGGCUGUUCCAACAUCGCCUACCCUCGGCUGGUUAUGAGCGUGAUGCCGGUGGGUCUCAGGGGGUUGAUGAUGGCUGUGAUGAUCGCUGCCCUCAUGAGUGACCUAGACUCGAUUUUUAACAGCGCUAGCACCAUCUUCACACUGGACAUUUAUAAAAUGGUGCGUGUAUGUGCCUCCUCCCGUGAGCUGGUGGUCGUCGGCAGGUUUUUUGUGCUAUUCAUGGUGACUAUCAGCAUCGCUUGGGUGCCUGUCAUUAUUGAGAUGCAAGGUGGCCAGAUGUACCUGUAUAUCCAGGAAAUUGCAGGAUACCUCACUCCACCCAUUGCUGCCCUUUUUCUACUUGGAGUCUUCUGGAAACGUUGCAAUGAGACCGGCGCAUUUUGGGGCGGCAUGACUGGGUUCGUACUAGGCACUGCCCGUCUCUUCCUUGGGUUCAUAUAUCGUGAGCCAAGAUGUGACCAGCUGGAUGAACGCCCGGCUUUCAUCACAGAUGUCCACUACAUGUACAUUGCUGCUGGACUGUUUUGGAUCUCUGGGCUGGUGGCUGUGUGUGUCAGUCUGUGCACAUCUCCACCAGAAGAGGAGAAGGUCAAGCGUACCACAAUCUGGGGCUUGAAAGAACUUAAGCGCCUUCCUGUGAGUGAACGAGAGGAGAUGUACAAACUCACUAAUGGCAGCGGCGAUGGUGUUCUCAAAAAAGAUGUUCCAGAAGACGUCCAGAAGGAGAGAUGUCUUGAUGGGGCUGACAUGACCCUCCUUAUGCCCUCCCCUUGUGAGCAAGAUCCCAUGACCCCCAGCACAGAGGCAUCCACACCGAUGGAGCUGUAUGCCAAUGGUCAUGCAAAUCUUGUAAAACAGAAGAAUGAAGGCAAGUGUGACGAAGAGAGCUGCCUGCAAGUGUUUGACUGGAUUUGUUGUCACAAAGAGAAAUCAUCUGUUGUCGAACCCAAAAUGGUUGAAGAAGAUGAAGGAGCUGUCCGUGAAUUGCUUUAUGAACCUCCUAAGAUCAAGCUUUUACUUAACUUAGGCCUGGUAUUUGUCUGUUCACUGGGUGUUUUCAUGUUUGUGUACUUCUCCCUGUAAUAUGAUGAUCUUGCAGUACCAUAAGGCCUGUCUGAAAGACAGCACAUUUAUAUAAUGAUUUGUUAUUACAAGCCAUUUAGGGUCUGUAAUAUUUACAGUGUGGUUUAUUUUUCUUUUUAGAACUUUCUUUUAGGGACUUAAGCAUUUUGAAUCAUACUGAUAGAAGUUAUUUAUUCCUUUACCUUGGUUCUUUCACACAUCCUUAAAAUAUUCAGCUGUUCUUUGUGGUAUGUUGACAACCAAAUAGAUUAUUGAGACCAUAGCUUUUUAGAGUUUAUACUUGGUAGAGCUAAGGUAAUGUAGGAUGUACUAUUUUUAUUCCUUGGUGAAUUUUGCCUUAAUGUGUGCACUCCUCCAAAACCGAAAUGAGGCCAGUUCUUUGCCUCAAGUCAUUUUUUCAUUCAACAGACCACUCAUAUAGUAGUAUUUAAAUGUGUAAAGAAGUUGUCUUUUGCAUAUGCACAGUUAAGACUACCAAAUUUCUAAAACUUGACCUCACAUGUAAAUUUGUUACCUGUUUAACAGGAAUAGUGUUUCCAAAGUUUUAAUGUGAGCUACAAAUUGUGAAAAUCAAGAAUUUACAGUGAGAAUUGGUGGGUAUCAUGAUGUCAAAUUUUUUAUUUAAACAGAUAUAAUUAAGGUGUUGUGCCAUCUGAUUAAACCUAAUGUACAUUCCCAAAUACAAGGGAGUAUUUAUUCAUGUAAAUUGUAACUGUAUAUUUAAUUUGCUGUAUUUUCUUUACUUUGUAUUUAAAGCUACUUUCAUUGGACAAAAACACCAAAAUGCCUUUUUUGCAGAGCAUUUGUGCAGAGCCGUGAAGACAUUGAUUUUUGUAAAUAAAUAUAACACUUAAUGCGAAGAAAAACAAAAAGAGUUUCAAGAUGUUAUCGCUACAAAACAACUCAACUAUAAAAUACACAAACUGGUUAUAUGGAUGUUACUAAAUGACCAUAAGAGGAAAGACACAGGAAAGACUAGCUGGGGAACACUGCCAUUAAUACAGUAUAACUGAUAUUAUGAUCCCAAAACAUUAAGACUGGAAUGUCCAAUUUUGAUUGCUGCACAAAAUAGUAUCUUGUUCUUAGAAGAAGAAUUUGAUUGUGGCUACAGUAACAGGCAUUGCCUGUUGUUGAUCUGCUGUUGAAUGCACUAUUUGUUCAGAGAAAGGGGAACUGCUGGAUGGCCUUAGUGAAAAUGAGAUGUGCGCGAGGGAUUUUCUAAACAGAUGUAACUUUUUUUUUUUUUAAGUACAAGUUCACAAUGUUGUAUUAAUGCCGUGAAAAUACCUUAAAUGUAAUGACAUUUAAAGUCAGAAGUUAUGUCAAGAGUUUUGAGUGAGUUAUUUAUUUUUAUUUUAAAUGAACCUGCAAAAAGUCCCUUUUUAUCAUUCCAAAUAAAAUGAAGUAGGGAUAAAGUCAUUGGAGAGCUAUUGUUUUACAUUAUAAAUUAAAUCUAUGUAAAUCAAUCCAUAUGUUUAAAUCCAUUUUUGUACAGAUAAUCUCUUUGUAAAAGAGGUACAUGAAUAAAAAGAAUAUGUUCAAUAGA